CGAAACCUCCAGUACACCCUCACAUUUUCCUUCUCGGUCCCACCACACCUCUCCUUCAACGCGCCUUUUGUUUUUGCCUUCGCAACGAAGAAAAUAAAGGAAAAAUCUCUCUCUCUCUCUCUCUCUCUCUCUCUCUGUUUCUGUGUGCAAAAUCCCUAAGCCAUGCAAGAAACUGAGCAACACGAUUUAUCGGACGACGCCGAUUACGCCGCCUCACAGCUACAAGGAUCAGCGAGCAUGAUGCAAAGCGAUAGUAUUAGCAAACAGAGCUCGUCGAGCGAUUCCGACGGCGCUGAAAUCGUUUAUUCGAAGGAUAACGUUACAAUUCAUCCGACUCAGUUCGCGUCCGAGAGGAUCGGUGGCCGGUUGAAGUUGAUUAAGCAAGGCUCUUCUCUCUUUAUGUCUUGGAUUCCGUACAAAGGCCAAAGCUCCAAUGCGAGGGUCUCUGAGAAAGAUAGGAAUCUUUAUACCAUAAGGGCAGUUCCUUUUACGGAAGUUAGGUCCAUUCGUCGCCACACCCCGGCGCUUGGCUGGCAGUACAUUAUCGUUGUUUUGUCGUCAGGACUUGCUUUUCCUCCUCUUUACUUCUACAAUGGAGGAGUCAAAGAGUUCCUUGCUACAAUAAAGCAACAUGUUUUUAUUGUGAGGUCUUCUGAAGAUGCAAAUACAUUCCUUGUGAAUGAUUUUCAAAAUCCUCUCCAGAGAACUUUGUCUUCUUUGGAGCUGCCGAGGGCUGUUUCUGUUGCUAUUGAGCCAUCUACUUCCUUUUCAGCUGAUGAGUCCCCUUCAAAUGAAAACCAGCAGAGAAUUGGCGGGGGCUUUCACAAUGAAAGUUCUAGUAUAUCUCAAUACAAUGCGAAGCAAAGACAAAAGGUUCAUGAUCCUCGAGAUCUUUCAAUUCAAGUCUUGGAAAAAUUCUCUCUUGUGACCAAAUUUGCCCGGGAGACAACUUCACAACUGUUCCGUGAAAGUCAUGGUAAUGGAUAUGGCGUGAUUGAGAGGAGGAACCAUGACCAGUCUUCCUUUGAUUACCCCGAGAGGGUAUCCAGUGUUAAAGAAAACAUUCCUGAUGAAAUCCCUGUACCCUCAGAUCCUUUGGAGAAAAUUUCUUGUUUGAAACACAAUCAUGUUGAAGAAGCUGCCACCAAUUUGGGAACUUUUGAGCUAAUCAGUUGUAAGGAGGUUGAUAAAUUGACACUGGUAUGGGGAAAACCACGACAGCCACCUUUGGGGUCUGAAGAGUGGGUUACCUUCUUGGAUUCUGAAGGAAGAAUUGUGGAUUCUAAAGCUUUAAGAAAGAGAGUUUUUUAUGGGGGAGUUGAGCAUGGAUUACGGAAAGAGGUGUGGGCAUUGUUGCUGGGAUACCAUUCAUAUGAUUCAACAUAUGCAGAGAGAGAAUAUCUUAGGUCCAUUAAAAAGUCAGAGUACGAGACCAUAAAGAUCCAGUGGCAGAGCAUCUCCCCAGAACAGGCAAAAAGAUUUACAAAAUUUAGGGAGAGAAAAGGCCUUAUUGAGAAGGACGUGGUAAGGACGGACAGAUCGUUUUCUUUCUAUGAUGGGGAUGAUAAUACAAAUGUGAAUCUAUUACGUGAUAUUCUGUUAACUUACUCAUUCUACAACUUUGAUCUCGGUUACUGUCAGGGUAUGAGUGAUCUCCUGUCCCCAAUAUUGUUUGUAAUGGAGGAUGAGUCAGAAUCAUUUUGGUGUUUUGUUGCACUGAUGGAACGCCUUGGGCCCAAUUUCAACCGUGAUCAAAAUGGCAUGCACUCUCAACUUUUUGCAUUGUGCAAGUUGGUGGAAUUGUUAGACAGCCCAUUGCAUAACUAUUUUAAGCAAAAUGAUUGCUUGAAUUAUUUCUUUUGCUUUCGCUGGAUUCUAAUACAAUUCAAGAGGGAAUUUGAAUAUGAGAAAACAAUGCGUUUGUGGGAGGUACUGUGGACACAUUAUUUGUCUGAGCACCUCCACCUGUACGUAUGUGUUGCAAUCUUGAAGCGAUAUCGUAAUAAGAUUAUGGGAGAGCAGAUGGACUUUGACCCGCUCUUGAAGUUCAUCAAUGAGCUGAGUGGUCGCAUUGACCUUGAUUCAAUCCUCAGGGAUGCAGAGGCUCUGUGCAUAUGUGCUGGUGAGAAUGGUGCUGCUUGCAUCCCUCCUGGAACCCCACCUUCAUUGCCUGUUGAUGGUUUAUUAUUGUACACUCAACAAGAUGAUGUCUUGUAAAUGUGGUCCCGAUUCCGGACAUGAUGUAUUUGUUCUCAAAUCUAUAGGAAGAUACUUACAGCUGUUCUGCUUUGUAAUUGCUGGUUUUUCAAAGCCAAGUUAUCGGAUCAAUCAAAUCAGUUUGCCA